AUGACAAAGGCUGUCGAAAAUAUUCUCAUACAAUUUAAGGAAAGGUUUGGUAGAUAUCCGAAAACAGCUCAGUUCGACGAUGGAAAGGAAUUCUACAAUGUAGGAGUAAAAACAUUGGUAAAAGAUCAUGAUGUCCAUUACUUUUCCACAAGAACCUUAGCCGCACUGGUUGAAAGAUUCAAUAGGACCCUAAAAACAAGGAUGUGGAAAUAUUUCACGGAAAACAGGACGAAAGUUUGGGUGGAUAUCUUACCUGCUCUCGUUAGAUCCUAUAAUAAUUCUACACACAGAACAAUAGGAAUGAAACCGGCUAAUGUGAACGAGGAAAAUAAGGACGAAGUUUGGACAAGAAUCUAUGGAUAUCCGCUAAGCAGUUUUCCGGAUCCUAAAUUUAAGGUUGGGGAUCAUGUCAGGGUGGAAAUAAAGCACAAAACCGUUGAAAAGGGAUACGAACCCAAUUUCGACAACGAAGUAUACGUCAUUACAUCGGUGUUCCGGGGAGAUCUCAACAUGUACAGCCUUAAGGAUCCGGAGGAUGGGGAGGAUAUUUUAGGGGGUAUUAUGAACAGGAAUUAUCUUUAG